AUGGUUCAGUUCAACUUUGUGGCCCUGUUUGCUUUGGCCUCGUCUGCCCACGCGUGGGGCGGCGUCAACUAUGGCGGUUUCAGGAUGCUAUGGCAAGAAACUUUUGAUGGAGGUUCUGGGUCGCGCCCAAACGGCGGAAACUGGAAUACCAUUAUGGGCGACCUCGGAUACAACGGCGAACUCCAGACCUACACCGACAGCAACAGGAACAGCCAGCUGAGUGGCGGCGCCACCCUGCAAAUCGUUCCCUGGCGCGACGGGAGCAAGAAGAACGGCUGGUCGUCUGCUCGCCUGGAGAGCAGGUACACCUUUGCGCCCGAGAACUGGAAGCUCACCCGCGCCGAGGCCCAGAUCCGCUUCGGGGGCAACAGCGUCAACAACAAGCAGGGCAUCUGGCCCGCAUUCUGGAUGCUCGGCGACUCCGUCCGCCACGGCACGCCCUGGCCACAGUGCGGCGAGCUCGACAUCGUGGAGACGGUCAACGGACGGCUCACGGGCUACGGGACGAUGCACUGCGACGUGUUCCCGGGCGGCAUCUGCAACGAGGGCACCGGCCUGGGUGCGAGCAUCGGCUUCCCCAACCAGGACUGGCAUACCUGGCGCAUCGAGAUUGACAGGCGGCCGCAGACCUGGGAGGGCGAGACCGUCACCUGGUUUUUGGACGGUCAGCAGUACCACCAAAUCUCGGGCGGCCGCAUCGGGAACCAUGACGUCUGGCGGUCCGUCGCGCAGAGCCCCCUGUUUUUCAUCCUGAACGUCGCUGUCGGCGGCGCCUGGCCUGGUUAUCCCAACGGCGGUACUCAGGACGGCUUCGGAAGUAUGAUGGAGGUUGCCUACGUCGCCGUCUACUCUACUUGA